GUUUGUAGGUGGAGAGCUGAAUAUGUGUUACAAUGCUGUAGAUCGUCAUGUUGAGAAUGGACAAGGAGACCAAAUUGCCAUUAUUUAUGACAGUCCUGUAACAAAUACCAAAGAGAAAAUAACCUAUAAGGAACUUCUUGAACAGGUCUCCAGGUUAGCUGAUGUCAUGGUCAGACAUGGUGUGAAGAAAGGAGAUCGUGUGGUCAUCUAUAUGCCCAUGAUUCCACAGACAGUGUACUGUAUGCUGGCUUGUGCAAGAAUAGGAGCCAUCCAUAGCCUGAUUUUUGGUGGAUUUGCAUCUAAAGAGCUUUCUGUUCGUAUUGAUCAUGCAAAGCCCAAACUUAUUGUAACAGCAAGUUUUGGAGUAGAACCGAAAAGGAAAGUGGAAUAUAUAUCCCUCCUAGAAGGAGCACUGGCAAGUGCACAGAGCAGACCUGAUAAAGUUCUCAUUUACAGGCGACCUAAUUUGGGCCAUGUUCCUCUUGCCCCAGGUCGUGAUCUUGACUGGGAAGAAGAGCUUGCAAAAGCACAUUGUUGUAAAUGUGUCUCUGUUCCCUCAGACCAUCCACUUUAUAUUCUGUAUACAUCUGGAACAACAGGCUUGCCCAAGGGUGUUGUCAGACCAACAGGUGGAUAUGCAGUUAUGCUGAACUGGACAAUGUCAGCUAUAUAUGGACUCAGAUCUGGUGAGGUGUGGUGGGCAGCUUCUGAUUUAGGCUGGGUUGUUGGUCAUUCCUACAUUUGCUAUGGGCCUCUCCUUCAUGGAAAUACUACAGUUUUGUAUGAGGGGAAGCCUGUGGGAACGCCAGAUGCUGGUGCCUAUUUCCGUGUGCUAGCAGAGCAUGAAGUAGCUGCCUUCUUUACUUCACCAACUGCAAUUAGAGCAAUCCGUCAGCAGGACCCUGAGGCAGCCUUGGGAAAGCAGUACUCUCUGAAAAGGUGA